GUAAUAAUGACGGUAGUUAUAUAUUUUAUUAUUUAUACCAUCUGUAUUCUAUGCUUGGUACCAUUUACUGGUGGUAGCUAGACUUGUGCGUCCGCACAAGUAGUACCAUCUUGCCUAUGCCUGUCGCGAAGCAGUAAUGCAUGGUUUGAACGUUGGGGCAGCCGAUGUUUUAAGUUGGUUGGCGGGAUUAGUAUUCUUGAUAUCUUUGGGUUCCGGUAACUACUUAACACCAGGUGGGCUAUUAGCUCGUUAGUCUGUCUAAGCGAUAAAAUAAUCUACGAAGGAAAAUUUAUUUUUCCUCACACGGGUGAACCAGCCCACUUAGUCGGUUAAAUUGAAUCAGAUUAACGAGAGCAUAGACAUCAUUUUAGACUCAAUUUUUGAGUUAAGCUCGCCAUUUUUUAUAUCUUAUCGCAAUUACUGUAAUAUUAACUGUGUGUACGAUAAAGAAUAAAGAAAUUAUCGUAACGUAACACAUCAGUUGGUGUUGAAUCUCAAAUAAAAUAACUUGAACCAAAGAUCGGAUGUGCUUAAGAAGGCUUUAACCCAGGAUUUUCAAUCAAGACCUCAUUUUUGCCUUCGAACAUUUAGAGCAGCUCACGCUUUGGAUUUCAGUAGUAAUAAGCCGAAUUACUUGCCAGGACUUGAACAACUUCGUCGUCCGCUGGAUAGACUGGAAUCUGUGUCUCGACCCUGAAGGUGGUCCAAACUGGGCCGAUAAUUUCGUUGACUCUCCCAUCUUAGUGUACGGUGACAAAGAUCAAUUUAUCAAGCAGCCAAUGUUCUAUGCCAUGGGACACUUCUCCAAGUUCAUAUACAGAGGCUCAAGACGGAUUCAGGUAUCGCGUAGGAGUCUCGCUCCAAUAGAGAACGUGGGACUUUUGACGCCCAACGAGGAGAACCUUUUGUUGGUCUUACAAAACAGGAGACAAAGAGAAGGCUAAGCAAUAAAGAAUCAUAAAACUAACCAUGGAGGAUCGCUCGAUCAAAAUAUUGGAUAUCAACCUGAAAAAAAUUGUAGAACGUGAAAACGUUUAACAAAUAUUAAGAGAAACCUAAAAUCCCGCGUACGAUGGUGUUAUUGAAAAACCUUUUAAAAUCAUUUCAUCAUCAAAAAUGUUUUUUAUUUUAAAUACAAGUUAUGAAACUUGUAUUUAAAAUAAAAAACAUUGUUUUAAAAAACAUUUGUUUCCUGUUAAUGUAUGGGUCAUUGACCCAGAUGAUAGAGUUAAUACCAAAAUCGAACUGAUAUUGUGAAACCUAGAGAAAAAAAAUAUGACGUUAAUUUUCUCUUUAAUAUUCUUCGCUAUAUCGGCUUUUUCUCUGUCUGUUAAAGAAUGUGACCGUCUGAGAUACCUAAUUAAUUAUUCUCGAGCGUUUGAUAGCGAAUAAAUAAUAUUUAUAAAAAAAAAUGUAGUAAAAUUAUUAAAUAAUUAUUUUCUUAGGUAUAAUAAAUAAUUUUCUAAAAGUCUAUUUAAAACGAAACGUAAUAAAUAAUAUUAAGAAAAUGUUAAUUAGCCAUAUAAAAUCAGAAUAAGAGAGUCAUACCUGACUUAGUUUUCAGUGGUCACAAACACGACGCUAUACCUAUUUGUAAUAAAAAGUACCUUACACUAUUAUUUCUCUAUUGAAAUUCGUACAAUUAUUAGAAUACGCAAUAUUUAGUAGAAAUUCAAGUUCAAAUUUUAUACAAACAUGAAAACAAAAUACAUUAACAUAUUCAUUGGAGUGUGGUGUUCUCUUUUAAUUUUCGGAUAUUCUAGUAAGUAUUAAUUAUUUAUUACAAUUAGAUACUUAUAUUAAAAAAAAGAAUUUUUAGCACAGGUUUCGCUUAUUAAAAUAUAGGUACGUUUUACAAAUGUCCUUCUUCAAACGAGGCUUGUAGAGAGUAUUAAGUGGUAGGCAGCGGCUUGGCUCUGCCUCUGACAUUGCUGAAGUCCAUGGGCGACUGUAACCACUCACCAUCAGGUGGGCCGUAUGCUCGUCUGCCUACAAGGGAAAUAAAAAAAAAAUCGUAUAUCAUAGAACGGCUUAUAGCGUUAUUAUCUUUGAAUGUUCAUUAUUCAAUAAGGACAAUGAUACAAAUUGCAUCAAUUUAAUACUUUGCAGCUGAUAUCUCUUGUCGAGGUCGGGAUGUCGGAAUCCCGGGUCGUUCGAUCGUUUGCGUUUGCGAUGCUAAUUAUUGCGAUACAAUAAAUAGAGAUGAACCAAAUCCGGAAACAUACAUGGCAUACACUAGUACCAAUGACGGACUUCGUUUCUCUAAAAGUCAGGGUCAAGUUACGCACGAUGAACAAUUUGAUGCUUCGGUCGCUGAAAAACACGAGAGUUUGCCUAAAGAAUUCGAUUUCUUCACGACUGGUGUUGUUUUAAGAGUGGACAGCACCAUCAAGUUUCAAACAAUAGAAGGAUUCGGUGGAGCGGUAACCGAUGCUGCGUCUUUGAACUGGAGGAAGCUUCCACCGGCCGCACAGGAUAAGCUAAUCGAAACCUACUUCGGUCCAAAUGGCUUGGAAUAUAAUAUGAUGCGAGUACCAAUCGGCGGAUCUGACUUUUCAACCCACCCUUACACUUACAAUGAACAACCCUGGAACGAUACUGAACUCUCGAAUUUCUCCCUAACGAAUGAGGAUAUUUCUUUCAAGAUACCAAUGAUUCAGAAUUGUAUAAAGGCAGCGACUAGUGAGAUACACAUAACCGCUACAACGUGGUCGCCUCCGGUUUGGAUGAAAACAAACGAAAAAAUAUCUGGCUAUGGACAGCUCAAAACCGAAUAUUACCAGAUUUACGCAGAUUAUCAUUUGCGAUUCUUGGAAGAAUAUAAGAAACACGACAUCCAUAUAUGGGCCAUCACUACAACUAAUGAACCAGUCAAUGGUAUCAUACCGGUGGUUACGUUCAAUUCUAUGGGAUGGAUUCCUUCGCAAUUAGGUCGUUGGAUAGAAAACAACCUCGGCCCUACAAUAAGGAAGUCUGUUUUCAAUAGAACAUUAAUUCUUGGUGUUGACGACCAGAGGCUGAUGCUGUCUGCUUACAUGCUAGGAAUGGAGAAAGCCGCACCAAACUCCAUCAAUUAUUUAGAUGGUAUAGCAGUACAUUAUUAUGAAGAUUUCGUUUCACCUGAAAUUCUUACAAAUCUACACAAACGUUAUCCAACGAAAAUUAUAGUUGCCACAGAAGCAUGUGAAGGUGCGUAUCCUUGGGAAACCUCUAAAGUUAAGAUCGGAUCUUGGGACAGAGCACAGAACUAUGUCAAAGACAUUAUAGAGGAUUUAAACAACUACGUAGUGGGUUGGAUCGAUUGGAACCUCUGUUUGGAUCCCAACGGUGGCCCAAACUGGGCUAGCAACUUCGUAGACUCCCCAAUAAUUGUAUAUGAAGAUAAAGGAGAAUUCGUGAAGCAACCAAUGUAUUAUGCAUUGGGGCAUUUUUCUAAAUUUAUUCCAAGAGGCUCAGCGCGUCUCCAAGUAACAACGCUUAGUACAGAAGGCAUAGAGAACGUUGCAGUUAUAACGCCGAAGGGGAAUGUUGUGGUUGUUAUGCAAAACAGGAAGCCACAUACAGUACCUGUGAAGAUAUAUGUGAGCAGUAGAAAAGCUAUAAACAUUAAUAUGGAACCUGAAUCAAUAAAAACUGUAGAAAUUAAUUCUGUCUCAUGAAACAUGCACAGAAAUUAAAUCACUUUUUUUGUGAUGAACUUUAGAGCUUCAGAAUUAUUUUAUAACAAUUACAUAUUUACCUAGUUUAUUAAAAAAUGUUUUGCUCAAAUUGA